CAUCUAACGGGAUAAAAUCCAACUAGGCGAAUAACUUUAAAUGAAUAUCGCCAAGACGAAACAUUUGAAAGUUGCGAGAAAUGUAGUCAAAUGUUUAUUUAAUUCGUUUAAAGCACCCGAUAUAAUUCGUGUCCAUAAUUUAAGAUAUUUUAUUACUGAACGAAGGGCAAAUGUCACGUGGAUGAUGGCUUGUGAAUUAGCAACAACAUCCCAGAAAGAUCAGAAGAGAUUUAAGAACAGAUUAUCUUAUGAAAAAUCUUCUUAUUUACUUCAACAUGCAUCAAAUCCGGUCGAUUGGUAUCCUUGGGGCGAAGAAGCUUUCCAGAAGGCGAAAUCAGAAAAUAAAUUGAUAUUUCUAUCAGUUGGAUAUUCAACUUGUCAUUGGUGUCAUGUUAUGGAAAGAGAAUCUUUCGAAAAUGAAAAUGUUGCCAAAAUCAUGAAUGAAAAUUUUGUUAAUAUUAAGGUAGAUAGAGAAGAAAGACCGGAUGUUGAUAAAGUUUACAUGACAUUUGUUCAGGCAACAACUGGAAGUGGGGGUUGGCCCAUGAGUGUUUGGCUUACUCCCGAUUUAAAACCAAUAUUUGGAGGAACAUAUUUUCCUCCUGAAGAUAAAUAUUUUGGUCGGCCCAGUUUUGUCACUGUAAUGAAGCAUGUUUCGGAGCAAUGGAGACAACAUCAAGACAAAGUUUGUGAGCAGGGAAAUAGAAUUAUGGAACUUAUCAAGCAAAAUGUACUACCUGAAUCAGAUGAUGCUUAUUUGGACAGUGAAGAAUGUAUUCAAAGUUGCUUCAAACAAUUUACUCAAAGAUAUGAUACUAAAUAUGGUGGAUUUGAUAAAGCACCUAAGUUUCCCCAACCAGUAAAUUUUAACUUUUUGUUGCGGCUGUAUAAAUUGAAUCCCAAUUCAAAUGAAGGGAAAUUAGCCUUGAAAAUGUGUCUUCAUACAAUGAUAGAAAUGUCUAAAGGAGGAAUUCAUGAUCAUAUUUGUCAGGGAUUUCAUCGUUACUCAACAGAUCAAGAAUGGCACAUACCACAUUUUGAGAAAAUGCUUUAUGAUCAAGGACAACUUGCUGUUUCGUAUUUAGAAGCAUUUCAGAUUGUCAAAGAAAAGAAAUUAGCUGAUAUAGCCUGUGAUAUUCUAAAUUAUGUUUCACGAGAUUUAAGAAACAAGAAUGGUGGCUUCUAUAGUGCAGAAGAUGCUGAUUCCUUGCCAGAUCAUAAUGCAAUCCAUAAAAAAGAAGGUGCAUUUUGCAUUUGGACUCAAAAAGAAAUUAAAAGUCAUCUGGGACGAACCCUAAAUGAGAAUUGUAACAUAACUUUAGCAGAUAUUUUUUGUAAAUACUACAAUGUUCUACCCAAAGGCAAUGUUGAUCCUUAUAAAGAUCCACAUGAUGAGUUAAAAGGAAAAAAUGUCUUAAUGAUUAGAACUUCUGAGGAGGAAAUUGCAAAAAGUUUUAAUAUAACUGAAAAAGUAGUCAAAAAAGCACUGGAUCAGUCAAAGGAAAUUUUAUAUGAAGUACGUCAGAAAAGGCCAAAACCUCAUCGGGACGAUAAAUUUAUUACUUCGUGGAAUGCUUUGAUGAUAUCUGGAUUUUCCAAAGCUGGACAGGUUCUUCAAGAACAGCAUUAUACUACUCAAGCAAUAGAAGCUGCUAAGUUUAUAUAUAAUUAUCUCUUUGAUAAAACUGCAAGGUGUAUGUUAAGAAGUGCUUAUAGAGAUGAAUAUGAUAAUGUAGUUCAGUUAUCAAAACCAGUGCCUGGAGUAUUAGAAGAUUAUGCAUUUACAAUUCGAGCUCUACUUGAUUUGUACGAAGCUUGUUAUGAUCCCUGGUGCAUUGAAUGGGCUCUUGAGCUUCAACAGUUACAAGAUGAAUUGUUUUGGGAUUCAGAAAAUGGAGCUUACUUUUAUAGCAUAGUAUCUGAUUCAUCAAUUAUAUUACGGUUAAAAGAAGAUCAAGAUGGUGCUGAACCCAGUUCUAACUCAGUCAGUGUAACAAAUCUUUUGAGAUUAUAUAAUUAUUUUAAUGAUAGAUCAUAUCGAGAUAAGGCGAUACAAAUAUUAAAAGCAUACGGACAGAGAUUAAGACACCUUCCAUUAGCUUUACCCGAAAUGUUAUGUGGCCUCAUGUUGUUAAAUUAUCCUUCGCAAAUGAUUAUUGUCUCAGGAAGUAGAGAAGACAGAAUGACUCAAGAAUUUUUGAGAUGCAUUCAUAACCAUUUUCUUCCUUUUAAGACUCUUAUACUUGCAGAUGGUAACAAAAACAACAUAUUAUAUAAGAAAAUUGACAUUUUGAAUCAACUAAAAAAAGGCCAAGCGACGGUUUACGUCUGUCAGAACAAUACUUGUUCUGCUCCGAUAAGUACUCUCGACGACUUAGAUAUGAAACUACUUCACGGAAAUUAGUAUAAAUUCUUCUCAGACUUUCCCUAAAAAGUUAGGAAUGCCUUUAUUUAAAAAAAAGUUUAUAAUUAACUGUAGAUAUGUCCAUAUGAAUAUUUAGUAAAUUAUAAAUUUAAUUUCAAAAGUAACAAUGAAACAUAUUACUAAAUGGAGAUUUAUAUUUUGAAUAUAUUUGUUAAUAUAAAAAAAUAUAAAAUUAAAAUACGUUAUUACAAUACAGUGUCCAAUUUAUAUUAGCUUUAUCUGUAAUUUUAUACAGAAUGGUUCAAAGUAAAAUAAUUCAAAUUUAUCUGAACUUGUUUUCAAAAUAUAUUUAUACCAAAUA